AUGCCGAACUCACAGCCUUCCUUUUCAAUUCCUCCUCCACAGAAAAAACAGAAAAAAAUGAGCAUCACGCAAACAUACUACCUGGCUCACACUGCCCGAGCAAAGCUCUCGCGGGAAGCUUCUCGGCCAGACCACAACCUCCGACUGCUCGUCGGCCACGCAAACAUGCUUGAUCUGCUCAUGCUCGAUCUCGCCGAGGCCGAGAGAGAGCAGGAAAAAUGGUUCAAUCUCUCCAUGCACGGCGCAAACACCACCUCAGAACACACCCGCAAACACAUCCAAUGGGCGAGCACGCCCGUCAUCGCUGAAGAGCCAGAGGAAGAGGACGACGACGAUUGGAACGGAGAGGCCGUUUCGGACUCUGAUUCCGACGAUUCAGAUUACGGCGAGGAUGACGCUUUCUUCGUCGACGUCGCCCCGAAAGUGACCUCGACCAAGGCCAGCACGGCCGCCGCACAUUCUCAUGCCCUUUCUUAUGCAGACAUGGAACAUGAGCAAAACAACGACGACCUAUCUGAGCCCGAGGACGACGAUGAAGAUGAUCUCGCCGACCUCGCGCUCACACGAACACAUUCCCACUCCCGCCAACCCCCAGAACUACUUGCCGACUCCGGCGACGACGAGUCCGAAGAGGAAUCCGGCCCGCCGUCCCCGCCGCAGCUCACAUUCGACCACUUCUCCGAGGCAGAGCCGCGCGAAGGCGUGAUCCUCGCGUCGCGCCUGUACUCGCCGACUGCCAAACAGCCGACUCCGCGCGCAUCGCGGUCGUCGUCGCCCAAAAUGCCGCUUUCGAAAUCCGAUCAGUCGACGUUCUUGGAGGAAGGGUAUUACAUCCCCUCGCAAGAGCAGAGACGGAUGAUUGAGGCUUUUUAA